AUGAAUAACGAUCGCCUGCUCAAGCAGCUAUUCUACGGCGACGUCUUCAUUGGUGGUGGUAGGAAAGGAGGACAAAUUGUCGCUACAAGGACACUCCGAAGACCUCGCUCAAGUGUAUGUAUAUCAACACAGGAACCCGAUAGGACUCCGCACCGGAUUGACAGGUGUGGGCCAGUCAUGGAGACUGAAGCAGCCAUCUUCGAAGCCAACGUGGUAGCCGUUGCCAAAGCAAAGAGCGAGAACCGAAGGACUCAAGUGCUACGAAACAAUGACACCAGCACUCAUAUCCUGUCAUCGUGUCCACACUGUCGACGAACAUUUCGGGCGCAGAUCGGUCUUGUUGAACAUCUGCGUACCCAGUGCAAUGUCGACACGCGCGACUCAUCUCUCAUCUCCCUACAUACCACCACUAGUAGCACCAGUGAAGAAACCCUUACCGACCUGCUUAACACUGUCACCACUGCCUCUACCACCAAUAAUGUGGACUCGAUCCCAACCUGUCACCACUGCAACCGCACUUCUCAUAGCGCAUAG